CUCGGCUCCCGGUAGGAAGCAGUCCGUGUGUAAACUCGACGUGUCCUGGAAGGUGCGUGCCUUUCUGUCCCUCGGCCGCCGAGCACGAUGCUGGACCCGUCCUCCAGCGAGGAGGAGUCCGAUGAGCUUCUGGACGAAGAGCGGCGGGACGCGCUGCUGGCGGCGGGCGGGGGCUCCUCGCCGCGCUCGCUGCCGCCGCCGCCGCGGGACCCGCGGGGCAGAGAGGGCGGCGUGGGGCGGGCGGCGAGCCCCAGCCCCUCGGUGCUGAGCGAGGGCCGGGAGGAGCAGGAACGGCUGCAACGGGAGGAGCGGGAGAAGCGGCUCCGGCUGCAGCUCUACGUCUUCAUCGCCAGGUGCAUCGCGCACCCCUUCAACGCCAAGCAGCCCACGGACAUGGCCCGCCGGCAGCAGAAGCUUAAUAAGCAGCAGCUACAGACACUGAAAGAACGUUUCCAGGCCUUUCUGAAUGGGGAGACACAAAUCGUAGCAGAUGAAGCGUUCUGUAAUGCUGUGCGAAGUUACUAUGAGGUGUUUCUCAAGAGUGACCGGGUUGCAAGAAUGGUUCACAGUGGAGGAUGUUCUGCAAACGACUUUAGAGAUGUUUUUAAGAAAAACAUAGAGAAGAGAGUCCGAAGUUUGCCGGAAAUUGAUGGAUUAAGCAAAGAGACAGUAUUAAGUUCUUGGCUAGCCAAGUAUGAUGCCAUAUACAGGGGAGAAGAGGACUUCUGCAAACAGCCAAAUAGAAUGGCCUUAAGUGCUGUAUCGGAGCUGAUUCUGAGCAAGGAACAGCUUUAUGAAAUGUUUCAGCAGAUUCUAGGGAUCAAAAAGUUGGAACAUCAGUUGAUUUAUAACGCCUGCCAACUGGAUAAUGCAGAUGAGCAAGCAGCCCAGAUCAGACGUGAACUAGAUGGACGUCUGCAACUGGCCGAACAAAUGGCUAGGGAAAGAAAAUUCCCCAAGUUCAUAACAAGAGAAAUGGAGAACAUGUACAUAGAAGAGUUACGGUCUUCAGUGAAUUUGCUGAUGGCAAAUUUGGAAAGUCUUCCAGUGUCUAAAGGUGGGCCAGAAUUUAAACUGCAGAAGUUAAAGCGAUCACAAAAUUCUGCAUUCUUGGACAUUGGAGAUGAAAAUGAAGUUCAGCUCUCAAAGUCUGAUGUGGUCCUCUCCUUCACAUUAGAGAUUGUUAUCAUGGAAGUGCAAGGUUUGAAGUCAGUCGCCCCCAAUCGGAUUGUCUAUUGCACCAUGGAAGUGGAGGGGGGUGAAAAGCUUCAGACAGACCAAGCAGAAGCUUCCAGGCCACAAUGGGGAACUCAAGGAGAUUUCACCACAACUCAUCCUCGGCCUGUUGUCAAAGUAAAACUCUUUACAGAAAGCACUGGGGUUCUGGCACUUGAAGAUAAAGAACUUGGAAGAGUAGUGCUGUAUCCGACAUCCAACAGCUCCAAGUCCCCUGAUUUGCACAAAAUGAUCGUCCCCAAAAACAGCCAGGACAGUGACUUGAAAAUCAAAUUGGCAGUGAGAAUGGAUAAACCACCUCACAUGAAGCACUGUGGAUAUUUGUAUGCUCUAGGACAAAAGGUGUGGAAGCGGUGGAAAAAGCGCUACUUUGUGCUUGUUCAGGUUAGCCAGUACACAUUUGCAAUGUGCAGUUACAGAGAAAAGAAGUCUGAACCUCAGGAACUGAUGCAACUGGAAGGAUACACUGUGGAUUAUACAGCUCCUCACACAGGUCUUCAAGGUGGUCGCAUGUUUUUCAAUGCUGUUAAAGAAGGAGAUACUGUAAUAUUUGCCAGUGACGAUGAGCAAGAUAGAAUACUCUGGGUUCAAGCAAUGUACAGAGCCACAGGUCAAUCGUAUAAGCCUAUUCCUGCAAGUCAAGCUCAGAAGAUGAAUCCUAAAGGAGGAGAUGUCAGUGCAGAUAUAUCCCCACUCUAUACAGACCGUGGUCAGAAACAUGGCAUGGAAGAGUUUAUUUCUGCUAAUCCCUGCAAAUUUGACCAUGCUUUCCUCUUUCAACUGCUUCAGAGGCAGACCUUGGAUCACAGAUUGAAUGACUCCUAUUCUUGUUUGGGUUGGUUUAGCCCAGGCCAGGUCUUCGUAUUAGAUGAAUACUGUGCUCGCUAUGGAGUGAGAGGUUGUCACCGCCAUCUUUGCUAUCUUAAUGAGUUGAUUGAACAUUCAGAAAGUGGUUCUGUCAUUGAUCCAACCUUACUCCACUACAGCUUUGCAUUUUGUGCUUCUCAUGUCCAUGGCAACAGGCCAGAUGGAAUUGGAACAGUAUCUGUUGAAGAGAAAGAAAGGUUUGAAGAAAUUAAGGACAGACUUUCUUCCCUUCUGGAAAACCAAAUAAGCCAUUUCAGAUACUGUUUCCCUUUUGGACGUCCUGAAGGAGCUUUAAAAGCCACGCUUUCAUUACUUGAAAGGGUUUUAAUGAAAGACAUUGCCACUCCCAUACCAGCAGAAGAGGUGAAGAAAGUGGUCAGAAAAUGUCUGGAGAAGGCUGCCUUGAUCAAUUACACUCGACUUACAGAAUAUGCCAAAAUAGAAGAGGCCAUGAGCCAAGCAACACCUGCUAGAAAACUGGAAGAGGUUCUUCACCUUGCAGAGCUCUGUAUCGAAGUACUGCAGCAAAAUGAAGAACAUCAUUCAGAGGCGUUCUCUUGGUGGCCAGAAUUAUUGGCUGAACAUGCAGAGAAGUUUUUGUCUCUUUAUUCUGUUGAUAUGGAUUCAGCACUUGAAGCACAGCCACAGGACUCCUGGGACAGCUUCCCACUUUUCCAGCUGCUGAAUAACUCCCUCAGAAAUGACACAUUUUUGUGCAAUGGAAAGUUUCACAAGCACUUGCAAGAAAUUUUUGUUCCCAUGGUCAUCCGCUACAUUGACCUCAUGGAAUCAUCAAUUGCCCAGUCCAUUCACAGAGGUCUUGAACAAGAGUCGUGGCAACCUGUCAAGAGCAUCACCAACAGUCUUCCUAAUGUAGCUCUUCCAAAAGUUCCAAGUUUGCCUCUUAAUCUUCCACAAAUGCCUAGCUUUACUACACCAACCUGGAUGACUUCCAUCAACGGCUCAGCUACAUCAGAAGAUCUUUUUUGGAAACUGGAUGCUCUGCAGAUGUUUGUUUUUGAUCUUCACUGGCCAGAACCGGAAUUUGCACACCAUUUAGAGCAGAGACUUAAACUCAUGGCCACUGACAUGAUAGAAGCCUGCGUUAAAAGAACAAGAAUUGCUUUUGAAGUCAAGCUGCAAAAGACAAACAAAUCAACAGACUUGCGUAUUCCUUCUUCUCUGUGUACAAUGUUUAAUGUCUUAGUUGAUGCCAAAAAGCAGACAGCUAAACUCUGCAUACUAGAAGGAGGGCAAGAGUUUGCUAGUCAAUGGCAACAAUACCAUUCAAAAAUAGAUGACUUGGUUGAAGAGACUGUGAAAGAAAUUAUUUCACUCCUUGUUUCAAAGGUUGUUUCAGUGUUGGAAGGUGUGCUGUCCAAACUGUCAAGAUAUGACGAAGGCACCUUCUUCUCAUCAUUAGUUUCAUUCACGGUGAAAGCAGCUGCAAAAUAUGUUGAUGUUCCUAAACCAGGGAUGGAUUUAGCAGAUACCUACAUCAUGUUUGUUCGACAGAACCAGGAUAUACUUCGAGAAAAGGUCAAUGAGGAAAUGUAUAUAGAGAAGCUGUUUGACCAAUGGUAUAGCGGCUCCAUGAAGGUCAUAUGCAUGUGGCUGGCUGAUAGAUUAGACCUUCAGCUUCACAUCUACCAGCUGAAGACUCUCAUCAAGAUCGUUAAGAAAACCUACCGAGACUUCAGAUUGCAGGGUGUGAUGGAAGGAACGCUGAACAGUAAAACCUAUGACACUGUCCACAGCCGUCUGACCGUGGAGGAAGCCACCGUCUCAGUCACAGACGCGGGAGGACUUCAGGGCAUUACGAUGAAAGACAGUGAUGAAGAAGAAGGAUGAUAGUGUCUCACCACGUGUUUGGGAUGCUGGGGUGGUGGUUUGAGGGUAGGGGUUGUCUACGGUUUAGGAUUCUUUUGGUAACUCGUCCUUGUAGUUGCGUUUAUAGUUUUGCCUUAUGACAUAGGCGCAGAAGUGUAAUUUGCUCACUUUUUAAAAUACUGAAAGCAAGAUUAUCAGAGGAAAAGUGCCAAGGACUCUUUGAGAACAAAGGUUGUAGCAUAUUUUAAUGUAUAGCUUUGCUUAGGGCUGCAAGAACACUGGCAUGGAGUUUGAGUUCCACUUGUGAUUAUGUUUCCUCCCCUUUUGUUCGUUGCCAUUUGUUCUUGUAUCUCCAUCGAAUAUUGAUGUCCUGUGCAGAAAACAAAAUGUGUGGCUCACUUACAACACAACUAUACAGGAAAUCAUUCUCAGAAUAAGUCUGCCCUAGGUAAAAGAAAAAAGUAAAUAGUGUCUUUUCAGGAUGACGCUUUGUUUACUUUGUGUGUGUGUGUGUGUACUUUAUUUUACAUUAUUAUGUGAUGUGCAUUAAAAAUUUUAAUUUAGGUUCUUUGUAUCUUAAGGUUGGUAUGUAAGUGGUAGGACUUCAAGGACAGUCAAACCCAUACACACUACUUAGGAGUGCCGCUGUGUCUGUCCAUUUUGCAAGUUUAAAGAUAUCGUGUUGGAUGUCAGUAAGCUUGCCAUCAAUGUUUCUAUUUCUGUGAAAAAUUUCGGGCAAUAAGAACACAUUUUGUCGUGAACACUUCUGUAUUUA